AUGAUUAUUUACAAGGAUAUCAUCUCCGGUGACGAGGUCCUCUCCGACACCUUCAACAUCAAGACCGUCGACAACGUCUUCUACGAGUGCGACUGCCGCAAGUACCUCAAGAAGACCAACGAGGACUUCGAGCUCGAGGGUGCCAACCCCUCCGCCGAGGGUGGUGAUGAGGAGGGUGGUGAGGGCGAGCAGGUCAUGGUCCACGACAUUGAGGACCAGUUCCGUCUCGUCUGGCUCAAGACCGAGGAGGGCAUGAAGCCCUCCAAGGAUGCCUUCAAGGGUCACCUCAAGACCUACAUGAAGAAGGUCCUCCAGAAGCUCCAGGAGAAGGGCGCCGAUGAGGCCACCAUCAACGAGUUCAAGUCCAACGCCCCCGCCGCCGUCAAGAAGAUCCUUGGCAACUACGACAACUACGAUGUCCUCAUGGGCCAGUCCAUGGAUGGUGAUGCUAUGCACAUCCUGAUUGACUUCCGCGAGGACGGUGUCACCCCCUACGCCACCCUCUGGAAGCACGGUCUUGAGGAGAUGAAGGUCUAA